ACGAUGGCGCGUGAUUGGCUGGAGCCGUCGCUCCCCUGCGCUGAGGCUGUGGAAGGACUGCGCAUGCGCGUGAGCGGAUAAUUCUAUGAGCGCCAGAAGCGUCUGAGGAGGAGAAGAAGAAGAAGAAGAAGAAGAGAUGGAGGCGGCAGGUUGUCGGCCGCAGCUGUGGGCUCUCUGCCUUCCCUUCUCCUUCUUACUGUGGAGCCUCCCAGCGACAGGGAUGGAGGCCACUGCCUCGCCUUCGCCGGCUCCCGCUUUGCCAUGUGCUGCUUUUACCAAAAGGACUUGUGAAGAAUGUGUAAAAAACACUAAAUGUCUUUGGUGCGGUGAAAAUGACACUUGUAUGGACUAUCCUGUAAGCAAACUCAUUCCACCAUCCUCAGUGUGUGAACUCAAAGACUCUUAUUGGGGAAUCUGCUUUGUCAACUUUGAGGCCAUCAUCAUUACCAUAGGUGUGGUAGCAGGCCUUCUUCUGCUUCUUACAGUGUGCUGCUGCUGUUACUGUUGCAGGAGACGUCGUCCUAGCAGGCAAGUAUCUGAAGAAGAAGAAAGAUUUAUCAAAGAUCGGGAAGAAAAAAGAAUGCAGUCCCUUCAGCGGAAACAUGAAAGAAAAGUGAAGCAUGAUGAGAUACGUAAGAAAUAUGGUCUCCUCCCUGAUUCUGACCAUCCAUACAGCAGAUAUGAGAAUGAAUGAAAACAAGAUGCUGCUAUGCCUUGUUAUGGAAGAGAAAAAUGUCAGUCAACUUCUGUUUCACUUUUUAGUUCUACAAAUAGGUACAUAAAUACUACAUAGUAUGUGGUGUUCCUUUUUCUUUUUGAAAAAAAGCACUAAUAUUUAUUGUAAUUUUAUCAACACAGAAUGCAUCAAAGCUUUUUUUCUUUUCCAAACCUUUUCUUUAUUAGAAUGUGAGUUGAGAUAUACAAACAGCAAUCAUGUCAUUUCUGCCUAAUGUUGUAAUAUUUUUUUAAAGUACUUAUCAUUUUCACACUGCUAAAUAAAGAUGCUCUUUUAAUCUGUGUCAA